GAUAAACGAGUAAUUCUUGCUUCUGGAUCACCACGAAGAAAGGAGGUUCUUGAGCUCUUGGGAAUAGAAUUUGAAGUAAUAGUCAGCAAUUUUUCCGAAAAUUUGGAUAAAUCAAAAUACAGCCCCUUCGAAUAUGCACUAGAAACUGCUACCGAAAAGGGUUUGGAGGUUUAUGGGCGUUUGGCACAAGAGGACAAGGAUGUGGAUUUAGUGAUCGCUGCCGAUACUGUAGUUUCAUUAGAUGGCGAAAUUUUAGAAAAGCCUAUAGACAAAGAUGAUGCAUUUAAAAUGCUCAAAAAACUCAAUAACCGUGCACACCGUGUAUAUACUGGCGUUGCCUUGAUUUAUCCUUUAGCCGAGCCAGUUUAUCCUGGUUAUGAGUUAGUGACUUUCGUAGAAGAGACUGAAGUAGUCUUCAGAGAUAAUAGUGAUGAAUAUUUGCGUGAAUAUGUAGACAGUGGUGAACCCAUGGAUAAAGCAGGCAUGUGUUGCUGA